UGUAAACCAAUCCUCAACUCACUCAACAGCUGAAACCUCCCACCAUAGAGGAGCUCAGUGUUUGAGACAGUGGAAGCACCACAUGGACUCUUGGCCGUGGACACACACCACACCACAGCACAGCAGAAGAGCAGCAACAUUCCCCUCACUGAUAGGAACAGGUCAAAAUGGCACAGUGGAUUUUCCGACUGAAAGGUUGCCUCGGCUCUAAAGUGUACUCAGAGGUUCCAGAUGGUGGUUGGGGUUGGAUUGUGGCUGUGGCCUUUUUCCUGGUGGAGAUGUUUACUUAUGGGGUUAUCAAAAGUUUCGGGAUUUUCCUCAAGGACCUAAUGAGUGAUUUUGAGGAGAGCAACAGUCGAGUAUCAUGGAUCAUUUCAAUAUGUGUCUUUGUUAUGACUUUUACAGCACCUUUAUCAUCAGUGCUGAGUAAUCGAUUCGGCUUCCAGCCAGUUGUGAUGUUAGGAGGAUUUCUCGUAUCUCUGGGCACAAUCUCAACUGCAUUCACCAGCUCCAUCAAUCAGAUGUACCUCAGUAUUGGGAUUGUGACUGGACUGGGUUACUGUUUGACAUUUCUGCCAACCGUCACAAUCUUGUCCCAGUACUUCAGCAAGCGUCGAUCUGUGGUCACAGCCAUGGCCUCCACUGGAGAAUCAUUUGCUAUAUUUGCUUUUGCUCCAGCGUUCACAGCUCUCAAGAAUUGCAUUGGCUGGAGGUACACAAUGGUGGUGAUUGGCACGUUGCAGGGCAUCAUUAUUGUCUGUGGGGCUCUGCUCUGUCCUAUAGUCAUCAAACCAAAGACUUCUCUGACAGAAACUGAGCAGAAGAUCACAUACUCUCUCCCUGAAGAACAAAUGCAAGGUUCUGUGUGCUCUGGAGAUUCAGGUGUACAGUCACUUGACGAGCUGGAACGGAGCCUCAAAUUUAGGAAGGAACAGGAGAAGCGGAACCACUUCCAGAUCCUCUCAAAACAACAGGACACUACGAGUAAAAAUAAGCUCUUGGAUUUGACUGUACUAAAAGAAGGUAGUUUUUUGUGUUAUUCAGCAUUUGGACUUUUUGCAACACUGGGCUUUUUCGCCCCACAGCUGUAUGUGGUGGAGCUCAGCGCCAGUUUGGGUACUGAGAGGGACAAGGCUGCCUAUAUGCUGUCAACAAUGGCCAUCGCUGAGAUCUUUGGACGUCUCUCUAUAGGAUGGGUCCUGAACUGGGGGCACAUUAGGAAGAUCUUCGUACUUCUCGUAUGUGUGUCACUGAUGUGCCUAGUCCUGUUGUUGUUCACUGUGGUAAAUGGCUUCUGGGGACUAGCAGUGUGCUGUGUGCUUUAUGGCUUCUUACUCGGGAACAUCGCAUCCACGCACAUCCCAAUGUUGGCCGAGGAUGAUGUUGUAGGGAUCCAGAGGAUGCCCUUAGCUGUUGGCGUCUAUGUCUGUAUUCAGAGCUUUGCAGGACUGGCUGGUCCACCUUUAGGCGGUGUCCUUGUGGAUAUUACACAAAAGUACAGUGCUGCAUUCUAUUCGUGCGCUGUGGGAAUGGGACUAGGUGCCGUCUUCCUUGGGCUUGUACGUCCUGCUAAGACAGGUCAUCUGUGCACAAGGAGGAAUACUGGACGGAAUAAACCCAUGGGGGAGCAAGUGGCCAAAGACAAAGAGGAAAUCCAAGAAUUGGAUAACCAAGAUAUCAAGUCUUGAAAAUAAAAAAGGCUGUGAAUUUAACUGAACGUUAGGAACUAUCAGACUUAUUGAAAACUUUUACAAAUGAAUGUAUCUGCAGUACAACUACAUUAUGAUUCGUAAUAAUUGCUUAAGGGGUUAGUUCACCCAAAAAUGAAAAUUCAGUCAUCAUUGACAAACAUGAACUAGAGGUUUGUUCUUACGAGUCAACCAAGUACGGUUUAGCUACCGUUUAUAAUAUUUUAUUUGCUUUACGUGUGUGCGUUAAUCAGUGUUUGUAUGGGAAUAAAAGCUUAAAUCAAAUCUGUUCAUCAUAUAAAGCGUGUUCCUUCAGAAAACUUGGAUUAAACAGUUCGAUUCAUAUGGAUUUCUUUUAUAUCUCUCUAUGAACUCGUGUUAAAGUUUUGGUGGAAUGGAUGUUCAAAGGAGAGAAAUCUCUUGGGUUGUCAGCACCGAUAGCCUCGUGGGCAGCACGCCGACAUAUAGCGGCGUUGCGCUUCAGACCUUUCCCAAUCCCGCCCCCCUCUUUUUCUCCCACCUUGCUUCCUGAUACUAUCCUAUCACAAUAAAGGCAAAAAUUUCUCGGGUUUCAUUAAAAGUAUCUUCAUUUGAGAUUCGAAGAUGAACUACAGUUUAAUGGGAUUGGAACAACAUGAGGGUGAAAUGAUGAUGACAGAAUGGUCAUUUCUGGGUGAACUGUCCCUUUAAGAUGUGAAAUUGUUGUUUAUACACUGAGAUCAUAAAUGUAAUUAUUAUAAUACAUUAUAUUAGCAGUAGCUGUCUUGAAAAACUAUUAUUAGACUUGAAAGUAAACACUGGGACUUUUGUUGAUUAGAGUCCUAGAUACAAAAGAAAUGAACAUAAUCUUGUAACAGGAAACCACAUUUUCGUGGUUUUAGCGAUUAUAGGCAAUGACUCAAUGGGUGACUACCAGGCACUGAUGGGUAAAGCAAUGCUGAAUUCAGCAACUUAAAACUCAUAUAAUAUAAAAUCUAAAUGUGGUAGAAAAGCCAUGAGGUAUUUGAUGCUUUAUUUUAAAAAGGAACCUAUCUAUAUAAUUUUGUUUCCUAAUAUUCUUUUUUGAAUAUUUGCAGGAGGGUGAUGGGUUGGACUUCAGUACUUCAUAUUCAGCCAUAUUCAGCUGAGUACUAAAACCAGAUGAACAACUUUAUUAAUGCUAAUAGUGUCUGUUUAGGGUGUUGUUUGGUAUUCCAAUGCUCAUGACAGUGUUUUCAACUGUGAAUAACAUUUACAUAUGUAUUAAAUAGAGAUUACUGUGAAUUCAAUGCUUUACAGAACUCAUGCAAAGCCAAAUUCAAAUGUGAAAGUGUCUUAUAUGACUACUUCAUUACUUACCUCUUUAGGUAAAACUGUAUUUGUUGUUAUCGAACAACUGUCACAUGACUUGAAUUUUAUAACUGGAAAGGAAUUAUUUGCUGUAUGUUCAGUGGAAUGUGAAUGUGCAAUGAUCUCUUCUCUUUCUGCACAAUAGACAAUCUUUAAAUCAGAUUAAAAAAUAAAUACAUACUUUUUUAGA